AUGGACGAACCCGGUCAGGGACAAGCAGGAAAUGGCGGUGGGCAAGCAAGUCAGAAUAAUCAAGGGGCCACGACAACUUCGACACAAUUCGAAGCGGCCACAGCUGCAGUGACUUCAGCAACUGCGACUUCUACUGCAACCGUAUCUUCGUCAUCAUCCGGCGGGAACCAGACUAUCAUAAUUGGAGCUGUCAUUGGAGGACUGGGUGCUCUUGUGCUGCUGUGUCUGUUGGCAUUAUUUUGCAUCCAGAAAAGAAAGAAGCGAUUGGCAGUAAAGAAGGAGGGCGCUGAGCGAGUGACAUAUACGGGACUUAACUCGGCCUUCGCUGGUGUCCCAUUUCGGAAUUCCCAGCACAGCAGCCUUGCUCCAAAACCAUUACUUCUAUCGAGUUCGAAGAUGGAGUAUCCCGGUGCCCCUAGUCCAGGACAACAGACGAGUGAGACGGAAAGGUUUUUGUACAGCUCCAAUCGAGAGUCUGACACACCACAGCACUCGCCCCAACAAUCACCACAUUCACCCUCACAUCCAUACUCAACUGCACAUUCGCGCACACGCUCACCCACUCACUCGCGAACACAUUCUCGGACACACUCGCGUGCAGAAAGCAAUACAUCUCCUUUGACUUUAAACGAUCCUAGCGAAGCACAUGUACUUCCCGACCACGUACCGUUCAGCCCAGAAGAACUCGAGCCGCCGAUGUUCCCGACGCCACAACCGCGAGAUACGAUGGGCUUUCCCGUUGAUUCUGCAGCAGUUCUCGAGGAGAUCAGGCUACAGACUAUGACACCAGUUCUCCUCUCACCAAAGCCGAGACAUCCAUUAGUGCAUCAGGAUUCAUUGGAGCGAGUGGUUAGAGAUGGUAUGCUGUCUCCUAGCCCCGCGCCGAGCAACUCAGCACCUGGACGAUUAAGAGUCAUCAGCAUGGAUUAUCCUCGAGAAAGUCCAGUCCUGGGUUUACAAAAUCCAGUCAUUAUACAGAAUCCCGCUAUCACGUCCUUGGGUGGGGGACUGGGAAGGAACGAAAGUCAACGGACGGUUUCCUCAAUAAGUACUAUGGGGCCUAUCAUUGGAGACGACGCAUUGGAAAGUCUGGGCAUCGGAGCAAUGCCACAACCGCUGAGGCUACGGCAAACAUGA